UAGGUGUAUUCCGCCCGCGCUCUCCUAUUGGCCGUCAGGACAAAGCUGUGCGUUAGCCAAUCAGAGCGCUCGGUGAACAAUCGCCGUUCUGCCUAUAAAAAGGUGAAAGGGAGCGGUUUAGGGCGACUUUUUCGGUCGUCAGUCGGGAAGUGCUCGCAGUACUUGCGUCGCUGUCAUGUCCGGUCGUGGCAAGCAGGGAGGCAAGGCCCGCGCUAAGGCCAAGUCCCGCUCCAGAUCUCGCUCCUUUAGAGCCCAGCUGCAGUUCCCCGUGGGCCGAAUCCACCGGCUGCUCCGCAAGGGCCACUACGCCGAGCGCAUUGGGGCGGGCGCGCCCGUGUACCUGGCGGCCGUGCUGGAGUACCUGACAGCCGAGAUCUUAGAAUUAGCAGGAAACGCGUCCCGCGACAACAAGAAGACGCGCAUCAUCCCGCGCCACCUGCAGCUGGCCAUCCGCAACGACGAGGAGCUCAACAAGCUGCUGGGCAAGGUGACCAUCGCCCAGGGCGGCGUGUUGCCCAACAUCCAGGCCGUGUUGCUCCCCAAGAAGACGGAGAGCCACCACAAGGCGAAGGGCAAGUGAGGCCGUGCGCCUGGCGCCCACCCAGCCCCCCGUUUCGAAAGGGGCACCUGUGAAAUCAAAAGGCUCUUUUCAGAGCCACCCACUCUUUCAAGUAAAAGAGGCUGUUAUUAUCGUA